AUGGCUGCCAACGAACAUGAUACCGACGCUAAUUUUGGUGCCAUAGGGUUAAGUUCAUCAUCUCUGCUGUAUGAAACUUAUGGACACCCUGCACAGUUUCGUAUGGCUGCCAACAACGAACAUGAAAUCGGCACUAAUUUUAGUGCCAUGCAGAAUGCUUGGCUAACUCACUCCCAUGAAGAAGAAGAAGUGCGGAGAUUGUGGUGCACUGUUGUGGCGGCUGUGUGGGAAAGUGCGUGCGUGGUGCGCUUUUUCAAUAAAAAGUGA